AUGUCCAUGCUCUUCCCGCCCAUCAAGCCUUACAAAACCGAGCUGCUGUCCGUCUCUGACUUGCACAAGAUCUCUGUCAGGCAGUACGGCCGCCAAGAUGGCCAGCCCGUCUUGAUGGUACACGGCGGUCCCGGCGGAGGCUGCGACGACAAGGACGCGCAGCGCUUCGACCCGGACGUCUACCGCGUUAUCCUCGUCGACCAGCGUGGGUCGGGAGAGUCGCUUCCUGCGGCUGAGCUCAAGGAGAACACGACGUGGGACCUCGUGGAGGAUUUUGAGAAGGUGCGGAAGCACCUCGGGAUCGAGCAGAAGUGGCAUGUCUUUGGCGGGUCCUGGGGAAGCACGCUUUCGCUCGCCUACGCCCAGACGCACCCGGACCGCGUCAAGUCGCUCACCCUUCGCGGCAUUUUCACCCUGCGACGAGAAGAGCUUCUCUUCUUCUACCAGGGACCCGGGACGAGCUUCCUCUUCCCCGAGUACUGGGAGGAGUACAUCGACGUUAUCCCGGAGGAGGAGCGCAGCGACAUGAUCAGUGCCUACUACAAGCGCCUCACAUCGACCGACGAUGCCGUCCGCGCCAAGGCAGGUCGCGCAUGGUCGAGGUGGGAGAUGGCGACGUCGCGACUGCACCUGAGCAAGGAGUAUCUCGACAAGGCUGACGACGCCGACUUUGCCGACAAGUUUGCUCGGAUCGAGGCCCACUACUUUGUCAACAACGGCUUCAUGCAAGACGGCCAGCUCCUCCAGCGCGAGAACAUCGACAAGAUCCGCAACAUUCCUGCUGUCAUCAUCCAGGGCCGCUAUGACUGUGUCUGUCCGGCCAAGACCGCAUGGGACUUGCACAAGGUUUGGCCUGAAGCGGAGUAUAUCGUCGUACCUGACGCCGGCCACUCCGCGAUGGAGCAAGGCAUCGAGAAGGCCCUCAUCGACGCAACGAACAAGUUCGCCAAGCCGUAG